AUGGCAGGCACUUCGUUUCUUGAUACCGUUUUCCGAAGAAGAAAGAAGAAUUCUUCUGACUUCAUCACUACUGGUUUCCUAGGCACUUUUGAAUUCGACUUUGAAACCAUUAGAGCUGCAACUGAUAACUUCUCACAUGUGAUUGGUCGUGGCGGAUUUGGUUCUGUCUACAAGGGUAGGCUUUCAAGCGGGGAAGAAAUAGCAGUCAAGAGAUUAUUUGGAAGUUCCACUAGAAAUGAAACAGAUUUUCGUAACGAAGUCGAGAUUUUGUCAAAGCUAAGGCACAAGAAUCUGAUCCGUCUUCUUGGUUUCUGCUCUAAACAAGACCAGCGUUACCUUGUUUAUGAGUUCAUGCCUAACUCAACCCUCCAAAGUUAUAUAUCUGAUCCACAUAGAGAUUCUCAUCAGCUAAGUUGGGAGAUGUGUCGAAACAUCGUCCAAGGCAUAGCUCGAGGGCUACGUUACAUUCAUGAAGAAUCUCAAUUAUGGGUUGUUCACCGCGACAUUAAACCUUCAAGCAUUCUACUGGAUUUAGAUUUUAUACCCAAGAUCACGGGUUUUGAAUCGGCGAGGAUGAUGCAACAAGGUGAGAGUGAAGGAGAAUCAACUAUAAUUGUCGGUACCAUAGGGUUUUUAGAUCCAGAGUACAUGAGAACUGGUCGUGUUUCUGUCAAAUCCGAUGUUUAUUCCUUUGGAGUUACCAUCUUGAUGAUCAUCAGCAGAAGAAAAGCUUUUAGUAGUGGAGGCCAAGAACCACUAAUUGAACAUGUUAUGAGAUGUUGGAACAGAGGAGAAGCCAUCUAUGUGGUCCAUGAAGUGAUGAGAGAACAAGAAAGAGAUGAUUCUAUAAGCGAAAUCUUGAGAUAUAUUCACAUUGCUUUGCUAUGUAUCGAUGAAAAUGCAGAGACAAGGCCGACUAUAGAUAAAGUUCUUCAUUGGUUUAGUUGUUGCUCUACUCCUUUACCUGAACCAACAAUUGGUGAUCGAUUUCUUGUAGAGGCAGAAACAAAUCGGUUUUUUUCUUCGCCAUCUCUAUCACCAGGAUAUAGCUCUGAUAUGUCUCCUACGUCUUCACAUCACGGAGAUUGA